UUCCAUCAUUGGUGUCAGAGCGAGGAAUCAUGCCCCAUCAUUGGUGUCAUGGGGGGUGUAAUAGUGCCCCAUCGUUGGUGUCAGUGGGGGGGGGGAAUAGUGCCCCAUCGUUGGUGUCAGUGGGGGGAGGAAUAGUGCCCCAUCGUUGGUGUCAGUGGGGGGAGGAAUAGUGCCCCAUCGUUGGUGUCAGUGGGGGGAGGAAUAGUGCCCCAUCGUUGGUGUCAGUGGGGGGGAGGAAUAGUGCCCCAUCAUUCGUAUCAGUG